AGAAAUGCUCUAACUUUUUUCAUUUAAAUUGUGGAAUUUCGUGAUUCUUCUCGAUGUGUUCGUGAUAUAACUUGACGACAAAACUUCGUGGAAGUUUUCUUCCGCGCCACCCUGCUUAAAUGUCAUCGCUGGACCGAAUGGAAAAAGUACACCAAUAAACAUGCCUCGACGUCCAGCACCCGGCUAUUCUAAGGAUAAAGGCUUACACGGCAUUCUGAUGCCGCACUCGAUUGCCGUGGCCAUCCUGGUUCGUGAGUAUCACUACAUGCGAAUGAGAGGGUUUGGUUUUUGCCAGUCUUCAAGAGUUGAGAUUGCCAGUGAUCUGAACAUCGUCGGAACGGAACCGUAUGGCGCGUUUACUCGCCGACAGAGUUUUCUUAUGGCCAAGAUGAUCCACCGGCUAAUCACGUGCCCUGCCAUGCCUCUCAGUCGGGUCAUCGACCUCUUCCUGCACGUGUGGGAUGAAUUUCCUGAAAUGCUUUGGGUUCGAGUGUUCCUUCGCUAUCAAAGAAUGCUGCGAAGAGGGAUCGAUGUUCCCGAUUGCUUUCAGCAUGAAUCCCCGGAGAAGUAUGUGGACGAAUUUCAGUGUCGGUUCUUGGCUGAUUGUUAUCCCCAUUGGACGUUUAAAAAUGCCUCUCAGUUCAUCAAGUCCCAAACUGAACUGAUGCAUAGUCGAGAUCCUCGUUCCAUGCAUGGUGCUGAAUUGAGUAAACGGUUGCAGGACGUGUAUCAGACAUGUAAAGAUGGCAAUAUGAGGCCUUUGUUCAUGUUAGCCUAUUUGAACGCCAUCAAAUUCCGUGAUCUCAACACGUCAGAAGCUAUGUUGCAUGAGACUAGUGACAAUAUUGCCGGAGAUUCCAUUAAGUACGCAUUGAAUAUUGGACAGUGGAUGCUGCGUCAGCCAAAACACAGCAUUCGAGCUGCUGUGAAGAAUCUAGUUGUCUGGGGCUUCGAAUUCGGUGGAACGACGUAUUACCAGAUUCCACUCACUGAAGCGCUUGAAGACGCUUUGUACUGUCGUGAUAUUCCACUUCUUCUGAUACUUGUUACGCUAGCUUGGGAGAGAGCAGACCAAAUCAGAAUAGAAACCGCCGGUCGUCUGAUCUUCCGAUUAAUUGAAUACGGGUUGGGACGUCUUGCUAUUGAUCGUUAUCUUGCCAUACUCCGCGAGAAAUGGGUCCGGUAUUUUCGACCUGUUCGAGUAUUUGAGGUUCUUAGAUGGGCAGAGCAUUUAUCGUUGAACGCACUGGAAGCGGACCUUACUCUUAUGAUACGCAGCGAUCGUAUGUCAUGGUCGUGCGGAUUAGGAAAACACGGCAUGGCUGAUAUGUAUGCCAAUGUACUGCUGAACACCGAUUGUCGGGAUAUAACUCGACUGAAGAUUUGCUGGGGACCACAAGUACCCACUGCCGCGUGCGUCAAAGCUUUACGUUUGUACAAACAAGGGCGCUUACAUUUAGCGAUAGCAGUACUCAAUUGGAUCAAAACUCGUCAUGCACAAGUCUGUCGAUAUGAUACCGUCCUGGAACUACAACACACUUGGAAAUCCAUGCAGAUGUUUAUUCAUUAUCAUGAAUUCUUGAAGAGAGGACAGUGGAUACAAGCCAUCGAAUGUGCCAGAUACUUACAAGUGUAUAAGCCUUUGCAAGGUCUGGUGCUGGAAGCGGAAGCGACCGUCUACGCUGGGUUCCCUGAAGAGGCAUAUUCAUUAGGGCAAACAAUUUUAGACGCUGCUUGUCGUCCGUCGAGGUGCACCGAAAAGGAGUUCAGGAUCACCGCCUGUGAAGCUGCUUCCGUGACAGCCGAAGCUCGGCUGAUUCGCGCGUUUGUGUGUUUCCUUGUGGAAAAUCCAGAGAGAGGUUUGAAGGAUUUGAGCGUGGCGAUGCAUCUUUGCCGGAAGUACCGAUUUGUGAAUUUGGGCUGGAAUGCUGUCAUUCUUUGUGCGAGUUAUCAGGCGAUUAUGGGAUUGCCAGCGAAAAGCUUAGCCACAAUAACCAGCAUAAAAACCAGAAUUUACCAGCUUGGUGAUCAUCUACUCACUGGACGCUACGAACUCGCUAAGGCCAAAAUUAUCGGUCGACUCAUCGUGAACGGCCAUUUGGAAGAGUCCGUUUAUUUGCCAGUAUGCGAAGAUGCAGCUUCGCGGUCCGUGAAGAUGUUUAAGCAAACGGGUGAUAGAGUUCGAGAGCACCAUGCCUGUCAUCUCAAACGAGUGCUGGUCAUCGCUCACCAUGAUGUCGACGCUGUUUGUGCUACUCAAAUACUUCUCACAUUAUUUCGGUGCGAUGAGAUCAUGCACUCGAUGGUCACGAUUCAAACCGUGGACGAAUGUCGGAACACUUUCAAAGAAUUCAAGGGGAAAGUCAAGUACGCCGUGCUGAUCAACUGUGGGGCAUCUAUUGACGUAACGGAUGUUCUGGAAGACGAUGAAAUUAUUGUGUUCGUUGCUGAUCACCAUCGCCCAAUAGACGUUGCAAACUUCCACAGCAUUUCUCAGAUUAAUCUGCUUUGUCGGCUCGACGUUGAGCGAGAAGAAAUUGCGGAUAUUCCCGAUUACGACGCGAUUUAUCGGAAGGACUCUUCAGACGAAGAGCCAGAUGAAGAUGAGGAGGACGAUCCAGAGAAUGAGAGGGGGCGGAAGCGUCAGCGCCUAAAUGAAGAUAUUGUGUUGAGACGGGCAAAACGUCGUCAAUGGGAGGAUGAGCGUCGUCGAAUCCUCUUGGAUUAUAACGAGUUCUCAUAUUAUGGGCCUUCGACUGCCAUCAUGAUGUUCGAGUUGGCGUGGAAGAUGACGAAGGAUUCUAACGAUCUCCUCUGGUGGGCGGUCGUCGGGAUGUCUGAGAUGCUCGUGAAUGGCAAAAUUAGACGUGAUACAUACGCUUUGGAGCUCACGCGAAUGCAGCCUCACGUGUUGCGAUUGAAUCCACGAUUACCCGUUGCCAGCGGCGAUGGCAACACAUUGAGAAGGAAUACCGCCCGCGGAAUGCACAUUGCCAUCGCGGAAGAGCUAAAUUUACCCUUGUAUCAGCAUUGGAGUCUAUGGGAUAGUAUGCGUAAUAGUCGUCAAGUUGCUUGUCGGUUCAAAUUGUGGUCGACUAGAGGUGAACGAGGUCUUCUAGGAUUUCUAGCCGAGCUUGGAGAUAAUUUGAAUCCUGUUCUUGAAGGCAUUAAUUUUGCCAAACACCAGUUGUCCAGUGUCUUUCGUCUUACCCAAGUGCUACUGGAUAUGCAAAGCAUUUCCGUCCUGGGCUCGUUUCUAUAUGUUGUGGUGUCGGAUGGAUGUGGCGAUGCAAAGAGUUUAUGGUGUCCACCUUGGCUCCAUAUGCUCGCGCAGUUCUUACUUGAAGCUAAUGCUGCUGCUCAACGGCAUCGGAAAGCUCGAACUUGGCCUCUGGUAAUGGCUUUGCCCGACCCGCAGUCCAUCGAGCAUCAGUUCGUCGUAGGCAUCCCACCGCUCGCUCAAGAUUCACCAAAGAACCUAUUUGGUAGAGCGUUCGAGCAUGCCAUCAGUCGAACUGAGGUUGAAGCCGAACAAAACUCCUUCGACACUUCCAUUAUACGAAUACGGAAGACGGAUGUGACCAGGUUCGUGGACGCAUUAGCAACUCUGCUUGAAUCCGCUUAGAUCGCCCUGUGAUAUGCGUGUCUCAUUCUUGAGCGAGGGAUCAUUGCCACUGCCUGUUGCACUGCGUUCCAUUUGUUCCGUCGGCAUUGAGAUUUAUCCGGACUUCGUGAUGUCAAGUUAUCUUCGCAGUCUCGGCUUGAUAGUGGACAGGAAGUGGUCACUCCGACGCUUGAGUUCUGAAUAAGUGUAUCUUGUAUCGCGUUUUCUAUACGUUUUUGAAGAAUAUAUGUAACAUUUCUGACUCGUU